CGCUGCAGCGUCAUGUCUGGGACCGCGGAGUAUCCCAGGUGCCGGCAGCUAAGCGUGGCGGGGUCUGCAAGCUACACCAGCGGGGAAAGUUUCCCUGUUUCUUGUCGCCUGCUUUAACGCCUUAAACAGCCCCCUGAAGGCUGCAGCAGGUGCUAGGUAGCAUCCUACCGGCCCUCGGGAAAGGCGGAGUGGGGAGGCCAGAGCAGCUUAGUCUCCUUGACCUCCCUUCCUGGUGACGGACGAACAGUUCCCGUGGAAUUUCGCUUCACCGAGUGACCUUGAGCCCAGGGCGAAGGUCAGCCUGUUAGUUCCUGGCUGCAGGAAGCGCCAUGGCCUGUGCUGCUGUUAUGAUUCCUGGGUUGUUGCGGUGCUCUGUUGGAGCCAUCCAUACUGAGGCUGCUUCACUGAGAUUGACACUCAGCACUUUGCGCUACCUUACUCUAACCAGCAUAAUGAAAUCCAAAAGGAAAACUGAUCACAUGGAGAGAACUGCAAGUGUCAUUCGACGAGAGAUUGUGUCAGCAGCUAAGGUGUGUGGAGCUGCCAGUGAGUCACCGUCAGUGAAGAGCCUCCGCUUGCUCGUUGCUGAUCAAGACUUUUCCUUUAAAGCUGGCCAGUGGGUUGAUUUUUUUAUUCCAGGAGUCUCUGUGGUUGGUGGGUUUUCAAUAUGCUCCAGUCCCAGACUGCUAGAACAAGAGAGAAUGAUAGAAUUGGCAGUGAAAUAUACAAACCACCCUCCUGCCCUCUGGGUUCACAAUACGUGUACACUUGACUCCGAAGUGGCUGUGAGAGUGGGUGGAGAGUUCUUCUUUGACCCUCAGCCUGCGGAUGCCUCUAGAAACCUCGUGUUGAUUGCAGGAGGAGUCGGAAUUAACCCUCUGCUUUCCAUCCUGCGGCACGCAGCUGAUCUCCUCAGAGAGCAGGCAAACAAAAGAAGUGGAUAUGAGAUAGGAACAAUAAAACUAUUCUACAGUGCAAAAAAUACCAGCGAACUCCUGUUUAAGAAAAAUAUCCUUGAUUUAGUAAAUGAAUUUCCUGAGAAGAUUGCAUGCAGUUUGCAUGUUACAAAACAGACUACACAAAUCAGUGCAGAACUCAAGCCGUACAUCACGGAAGGAAGAAUAACGGAGAAGGAGAUAAGAGAUCAUAUUUCAAAAGAGACUUUGUUCUAUAUUUGUGGCCCACCUCCAAUGACAGACUUUUUCUCCAAGCAACUGGAAAACCACCAUGUAUCCAAAGAACACAUUUGCUUUGAGAAGUGGUGGUAGGAGGCAGACACAGAAAAGAUAAAGAGGUGAGAUCUACUCAGGAGAUCUCCUGUCCUUUGUGGCAUGAUUAAUUUUUUUUUAUCUCUACUUAAGUUGUCUUAUUUUUUAAGGCUGUAAACGUAUUGACCAGCUGGAUAAAAGCCAGCUGGCAGACUUAAAUGAUAAACUUUUUGCAAAGACCUCAGUGAUCAAACUGUUUUUUACUACACUGAUUUUCUUUUGUUAACAAUGAUUUAAUUGUCUCAUGAUGUACCAUGAUUGGUCAAUAUAGAUUUUUCUUUUGUCUUUAGGCAAAAAAAUAUACAUAUAUACUUAUGUCUAAUCAUGGGAACAUGUGAUUUUGAGUGUAAAAUGUGGGCUAGCUUUAAAUUAUUUGACAACCAUCUAUAUAUCUUAUGUUUAAUAAAAUUAUAGUUUAAGUACAAUCUUAUUUUACUUUGAAAAUUCUUUUUAAUGCCUUUGUUUACUGUACUAUGGCCUACAGUCUUAUUUGGUACAUCAAAGUUAAGUUUGGACAUGGAAAAUUGUUAGGAAAACUGCUUUAGGGAGUUAAAUAUCUAGCAUAUUUGCUUUUUUGUUAAUGAAUAUCGUAAGUGUGUGUCCUAACUGUUAGUUUCUUCUUAAAUGAAACCCUUUCUGUGUCUUGGCUGUCUGCCUUAAUGCUGUAGGAGGCAGCUUCUUGCUUGGGACAAAGGCAUUGGUGGUGUUCCAUGUUGAAUCUGCCUUCAGUGCCUGGGCUGGCUGGCUAUGGAAAUGUACUUAGCAUUGAUUAGGGGGUAGAGAGCUGUUUCUAAAUCCUGCUUUUUUACUUUUAUUUCACUCAUUUGCCAGAGUUGUUCUUGGUACCAGCAGCUCCUUAACAUAUAGUUGUUGAAUGACUGAAAGAAAGCAACUGAUGUUUUAACUCCUUGCUAAGUCUGAGAUUGGGAGGCAGUCCCCUAGAGUGGAUACAGAGAAUGGUGGAGCCUCAUCCCAAAGCUGCUCUGAUGAAACUGCUAGAAAGCAGAUUGUAGUUCUUUGUUUAGAUUUUUAAAAAUCCAAAAGAAGUCCUGACUGAGGCCAGGCCACUCCUUUUAUGACAAGUAGUCCUGGGCCCAAGGUUGCCUGCAUAGAGAUCACAGGAGGGUGAAGGGAGCCUGGGAAGAAGGACAGAUGAGUACUGGAGACCUAGGGGCUCCAGUUGAGAUUCUGUUCUGGAGCUGAUGAGAGAAGACAGGUUACCCUUUCUUAUCUUUGUUAUUGCAGGCCUCCCAGGGACUUCUGGGCUUGAACUCAUAUGAUUCAUGGGACCUGAAGAUGACUCUAGCUUCUGCCCAGUUUUGAGUUUUCUCAAGUUUUAAGCAGAGAUCAUUUGUCAACCAUUUUGAUCCCAGAUUUGAAUUUGGGGAGGGAGGAGCCUUUGACGUGAUGGGAAUAUCAUAAUCCAUUCAAGGAAAUGGUCAUCAGUACCUCAGAGGUGAAGGAAAUAUGUGAAGCUCUGGGCCACUACAAGGAGCCCUGACUUAUCAUUUGGCCCCAAAGUGCCCAGGCUGAGGACAUAGGAGCAUGAUGAGAUGUGAGGAUGUGGGAUUAUCAAGGGGCACUUCUACCAACUGGUGAAGGCAGUCGGCGGGGGAGGACACCUAAAGGUAUGGGGAAAGUACGUAACCCAGGCCUCUCUGCGUCAGGAGUGGAGGUGCAAGGUGAGCAUCUCCAGUGCAGCAUGGAAUGGGAGGAUUGGGAGGUGUUGCCUGCUGCCUUUGUUUGACCAGCACCACGCUGGCUGUGUGCCUGCUGUUGUCAGAGAGCAAGGGUCACCUGUCCUGGAGAUCCCAGCUCUGCCUGCCACCCUGUUGCUGACUCAGUAUUGGCAGAAUUGCUGAGAUGGGCCCUUGCCUGGAGUGUUCAUCCUUUCAGUGCUGUCAUUUUGGUGCUAAGCGCAGAACAGCAUUUUCUGGUCUGGCGGAGAAUGUCCUCUUGCUCUUGCCUGCCAGGCCUGUCCUGAUCUUUUUGGUACUUAAAUUGAGCUAACUUCAGCCAGAGUGACUUGGAAUUCAUAGUGCAGUGGCUCAGAGUAUAGGCUCGAAAGCCCUUGAGCCAGAUUGCCUAGGUUCAGAUCUCACCUAUACUACUUACUAGGUAGAUGAGCUUGAGCAAGUCACUUAACUGCUGUAUGCCUCAUUUAAAAUUACACACUUAAAACUACAUGUAAAAGGGAGAUGGUACUGCUACCUACCUACUACCUGAUAGGGCUGUUACGGGGAUUGAAGGUGAUCGUACAUGUGAAGUGCUUAGCAAAACACUGCAUGAGUGUAUUGUCAUUAUUAAUUUGCUAUUCCUUGUCCUAUUCAGAAAGGAUUUCAAGAGGCUAGAUGCCUUAGAUGUGGUCUAACUUGAAACCUUCAUGUGGGUGUGCGUCUGUCUUGUUUAUUGCUGUGCCAGGCACAAAAUAGGUACUUCAUCAAUAUUUGUUUCAUGGGUGAAAGGGCCUGCUCAGAGUUGAUGAGCUGGAUUGAAGUGACUUCUUAAGGAUCUUCUGGCUCUAUGAGUUUGAAAAAAUGUUUCUUCUUUUGACGUGAGACCCUUUCACAGCCUACUCAAGAGACUAGGUUAAUCUGAUAUUUGUAUCUUUCUCAAAUUUUAUUUAUAGUUUUUCAAACAUACGACAAAGUAGAGAUAGUAAAAUGACUUCUCGUGCAUCUAUCACCCGGCUUCCAUGACUAGCAGCAUUCUGUUUUUUGUCAGCGCUCAGCUUCUUCGUGGGGGUGUUCUGAAGCUGGUGUAUUUUCAAGCAAAGCCUAGAAAUUAUAUCGUGUCACCUGUAAAUUCUUCAGUAUAUAUUUCUAACAGAUACAUCACCUCAGCACAAUCACAAUGCUAUCAUCAUACCUAACACAAGUGACAAUGAUUCCUUAAUACCCUCGAAGACCCUUCUGUGUUGUUUCCUCAUGGCCUCAAAAGUCUGAAUAUUGCAUUAGGUUAAUGUCUUUUAUGUUUAUUUUAAUUAAUGGCACACUCCUUACACUCCUACACAUACACAUGGACACUUUUUUCCCCCAUGACUUAUUUGUUAAAGAAACUGCCUUAUUUGUUCUGUAGGCUUUCCCACAUUUUGAACCUGGCCUCCUGUAUCCUCAGGGUGUUGCUUGAUCCUCUCUCCUCUGUAUUUCAUGUAAACUGAUAAUUAUAUCUAGAACUUGUUUAUAUUCAGAUUCAAGAUUUUUUUUGCAAGCCUACAUUAUAAAGUGGUGUGCUUCCUGUGGCAUCACACGAGGCAUAUAAUGUCUGUCCCACUUUUAAUGCUGUUAAGAUGGAUCAGUGGUUUCAGCAUUUGUCAGCCUGAAUCAUCCAAUAUAAUGGUCUUCAUCAAACUUUCACCUAAUUGUUUUAGCAGCCAUUGAUCAUUGCCGAUAGCUAUUUUUUCAUUAAGGGUUAAUUAUCCAUUUCUCUUAUUCUUCCUGCAUAUAUUGUCUGUGAUUGCUCCAUAUAGAACUUUCCCUCAUCAGCUUUGAUUCCCCUGAAAUGAGUCUGUAAAGAAAAGGCAGGAUUGAUGCUUGAUUUAUUUCCUUUUAUUUAUCAGUUAGCAUACUAUGUGUUGGUGCCUUAGCAACCUUUAGACGACCAGUGAGAUUAUUUAAAGUAUCAUUAUGAACUCAUGGCUUUUUAUACAUUUGAUUGUUUUCAUCCAUUACAGUCAAUUUGUUGAUGUUCAGCUUGUUUUAGGUCGUCCCUGUUGUGUCAGUGGUUCACAUUCAAUCAUGGUUGAUGAGGUUUGGGGCUCUUAACAUGUGCAAAAAGUUCUCCAAUAAACAGGUAGGAGGAAAAGGAGAUGAGUGUGGUGUUAAGAAGCCUCAUGAAGAAAGUGUUUCAUAGAGGAUGGAUUGGCUAGCUGUGUCAUGCUGCUGAUAGGACAGGAAAGACGAGGUCUGAUGAGUGAUCAUUGAGUGGCCAUUGAUUUGGCAACUGGAUGGUCAUUGGUGAUCUUGAUAAGAUGGAUGGUGGGAGUGAAAACAGUGAAAUAGGUUUAGGAGCAAUUCAGAGGAAAUCAAUUAUAAUGAAUAUAGAUAAAUUGUUAAAGAGAAGAAAAAGAUGGAAUGGUAGCUGGAAAGGGAAGUGGGGUCAAGAGAACAUUUAUUGUACUCAUUGGGUUGUUUUACUUUUUAAACUUUUUGUUUUGAAGUAAUUUUAGAUUUACGGAAGAGUUGCAAAGACAGGGUUCCUCUGUAUCCUUCAUCCAGCUUCCCCAAAUGUUUAACGCAGCUGUGGUAUAUUUAUCAAAACUAGGAAAUGAACAGUACAGCUAAGUUGGUACAGUACUAUUAACUAAAGCACAGUUUUUGUUUGUUUUUUUGUUUCUUUUCAAGAUGAGUGAAGUAACAGCCUGAUUAUAUGAAAAACCAUGACAGAAUCAUUCAGUGGGACUCAGGGAAGUGACACCUUUUUCUAGAGGAUGAUGUAUUAACUGUCAUUUAUUGAGCAUCUGCUAUGUGCAAUCACUGAGCUAGACACUGAAGAUAGGAAAGUAUAAGACAAAGGUUAUCUUAGGAGCAAGUUAAAUACUUUGGGAAACCACUUAUUUUUUUUUUUGAGUGAGUCUAAGAGUGAUGGAAGGUGUCUUCUGGAAAUAACUGAGUUACACAUUGAAAACAUUUCGACAAAAUUGAAGGUGGAAAUGCUCUGGGGGAAAAUGUUGUUUUGCAUCUAUCACUGUUUGAAAGAGAAACUAUAGCAAAUGGAUGACUGGGUGAGUCACUGGAAUGAUGGAUCCUAGGGUCCCAGGGGUAGGGGAGUGGGAAAGGCUGCACCCAUGCUCUGCGGGGUAGGAGGAUUGUUAUACUGGACUUACAGCACAGACACAUGCGUGCUUGCAGUGCUUGUCAAAUGAUCCAAGGGCGUGUCUCUCCUAUUUUUUUUUUUUUUCUGUCUGAAUGGAAAACAGCAAUUUCUUCCAUUCCUGGUUAUUGCAGAUGAUCUGAUAAUUUAACCUGAGAGCUGUUAUUUCAUUUGAUUUUAUUUUAAAACUCAAAAGAAGUAUACUGUUCUCAUCUUAAACAGCAAGAUGUCUGGCCUUUAAUAUUAUUCUUUCUUAACAUACAAUAAGCUAGCAGUGUGGUGAUGACAUGUAGAUACCUCCAUACCUCCUAAUGUGCCAUAAAAUUAAGGCAUGCAUUUUAAAAUGUUUUGUGCCCAGGAAUCCAAACUUUAUAGUUGUUGAGCAGCCAUCUUCAUCUGGUCUGUUCUGAAUUCUUAAAACCUGCAUGAGCUGAUCAGCCUAACCUGGCCCCUUCCAGCUCAUCCCCAUGUCCUAUUUUGCUGUAUUUGAGCUUAAUAAGAUUUUGUCUCUUCCUUUUUAAAAAUUACCUAAUAAAUAUGACCAAAAAUUGUUAAAUAAUUUUUUUAAAUUACCUAAUAAAUGUGACCACAAAUAUUAAAUAAAACUAUACAGAUUAAAAUGCUGAAGUUCUCUUCUCCCCUGUCCUAUUCCCUUGCCUAGAAGGAACCUCUGUAUAAAAAACUUGCUGGGUAUCCUUUUAGAGAUUUUAUGGUAUAUUAACCUUGUAUACAUAUACAACUAUGUGGGCAUAUACAACUAUGUAUCUCAUUCUUUUAACACACUUCAAAUUUUUGGUAUAUACCAUAAUAUACUUAACCAUAUCUCCAUGAUGGACAUUUAAAUUGUUUGGAGUUUUUGGCCAUUACAAGCAAUAUUGCAGUAAACCUGUUUGUAUAAUUUUUAUGCACAUACUCCUGUAGAAUUACUAGAAGUGCCAUUUCUGAAUAAAAAAUUGACUAGUAUUGCCAAGUUACCUUAUAAAUGCCUAAUCAGUUUAUGUUCUAACAGGGUAUGAAAGUGCCCACUUCUGGCCAACAUUAGAUACCCUCGGUCUCAUACUUAAGUAUUUUUUCCCCUAAUCAGUUAGAUGAAAAGUGAUUUUUUAAACAAUUUUCUGAUUGCUCCAUAGCAUUUUUUUUCCCUAAGGUAUUUUAGCCAUCCUUAUUUCUUCUUUUCAGAAUGGUGUAUUUCUGUUGUAUGUCCAUUUUGAUAUCUUACUGAUUUAUAACGCUUUAUAAAAACAGAAUGAGUGCUAAUCCUUUGUUAUGUGUAUUACAAAUAUAUAUUUUUCCAGUCUG